UGUAUGUCAACGCAGGGGCACCGCACCCUUCGGUAGAAAAAAUCUAAGUCCACUUUAUGUGAUCGAAUUGACAGCGAAAUUUAGGAGUUUAUGCGAUUCUUGUUGGAUUUUGCUACCUAGGGUCUAUCUUUAGGCUGUCCCUUUUUUAUAGUAGUUUUUAAAAAAUAUAAAAAAUCACCAUGAGUGAGUUAGACCAACUACGACAAGAAUGUGAACAGCUAAAAAAUCAAAUUAGGGAAGCUAGAAAAGCUGCUGCUGACACCACAUUAUUACAAGCUACAGCAAAUGUGGAACCCGUGGGUAGGAUACAGAUGCGUACGAGACGCACCCUUAGAGGUCACCUUGCCAAGAUAUAUGCCAUGCACUGGGCAACGGAUUCCAGAAAUCUAGUAUCAGCUUCACAAGAUGGUAAAUUAAUUGUUUGGGAUGGUUAUACAACAAACAAGGUCCACGCUAUACCCUUGCGAUCGAGCUGGGUAAUGACAUGUGCCUAUGCACCAUCAGGCUCUUACGUAGCGUGUGGAGGUCUCGAUAACAUAUGUUCAAUAUACAGCCUAAAAACACGAGAAGGAAACGUGCGAGUUAGUAGGGAAUUGCCAGGACAUACUGGUUAUUUAUCUUGCUGUCGAUUCCUCGACGAUAACCAAAUCGUUACCAGUUCUGGAGAUAUGACAUGUGCACUUUGGGAUAUAGAAACAGGCCAGCAGACCACAUCCUUCACCGGCCACACUGGUGAUGUCAUGAGUCUGUCCUUAGCACCAGAUAUGAGAACAUUUGUAUCUGGAGCAUGUGAUGCCUCAGCUAAACUUUGGGAUAUUAGGGAUGGAAUGUGUAAGCAGACAUUCUCUGGGCAUGAAUCUGAUAUCAAUGCAAUUACUUAUUUCCCUAAUGGUUAUGCAUUUGCAACUGGCUCCGACGACGCCACCUGCCGACUUUUUGAUAUCCGAGCAGACCAGGAGAUAGGCAUGUAUUCACACGAUAACAUCAUCUGCGGCAUCACAUCUGUGGCCUUCUCCAAGAGUGGUCGCCUACUCCUUGGCGGUUAUGAUGAUUUCAACUGCAACGUCUGGGACACUCUCAAACAGGAUCGUGCUGGUGUCCUAGCUGGCCAUGAUAAUCGUGUCAGCUGCUUGGGUGUAACUGAGGAUGGUAUGGCCGUUGCCACAGGUUCCUGGGACAGUUUCCUUAAGAUCUGGAAUUAAACAUCAUCGGAAUGCUCAUAGUGUGCAUGUAUCCAGACCCUAGUCGUAAUCAGGUGAUAUGCAAGUUACAUAUGUGACUGCGAGAUCUUUCGUGUAGGACACAAACGGUGUAUUAGCACCAUGGUAAAAUCGCGCACUGGAUGGAUUCAACGUGGUGAUUAUCGUUAGCACAAAGAUGUGAUGGGACCUCAUUAUGGAAUCAAAACGUGUUGUGUACAUGGGUUAUUUGAUCAUCAUUCAAUCAGUAUCUACAACUCUGGCUUUUGUCGGUAAUUCGUUACACUAAUUCACAAACCGCCACCCAUUGUUUUAAUAUUGAAUCAGACGCCACUCUAUGUCAGAAGAUAGGUGUCCUGAUUUAACGUAUACCCAAAUUAUAUCGUAGACACAUUCAUUUAUUGUACUGUGUGUUGCUAAGACUUCAAGGAUAUUGACACUGAGAGUUGGAAAGAUGCAGUUUGCUUGGAUUAUCAUGACUUUGGAGGAGCAGACGGUAGAAGCCUUUGAAUGUGUUCCGUGAGCGUUGACAACCAAGAACAUGAUCACACGAUAAAAUGUUGUCUUUAGAGAAAUUGUAACUUGCAUUUCAUUCUCGCUCUAUCCAUAGUUUUCACCGCGGUGGAAUAUCGUUUCACACCCAAAUGUGCUAAAGAUUCGUACACGAUGUCGUACUAAUGCACGAAGUCCGUCGAGCACACUGUCCCCGACCAGAGAAAUAUGCAAAAGAUCAUAGGGCGCCAUCUAUAGGAGAACUAUGGGACAACGUGUAUGACUGGCGGUCGCGAGGGUUCAAAGUGAAACUAAGAACGAAUAAUUAUUAUGAUAAUAAGUCAGUGAGGAUCUGUAACGAGAAUCCUUGUAAAGUUCUGCGAGUCUUAAUCGCUUGACGGCGUUCUGUUGGAAUGUCGUCGGCUUUCGUAUGUACGAGAACAUUUUUUCACUUCGUAACAAAUCAUGAGGCCUGAGUGUAGUUACUUGUAAAACACUGCUUUAGAAUAUAAAAGUAUAAAAAAAGAAUUUAAAAAUGAAGAGAUGUUGUGGAAUUAGAAUGACUGUAGGUACAUAUUGCCAUACUUGUUUAACAGUUUUAUUUAUUUGACUCGCCUAUACAUGUACUUUGAUAUAUUUCAUACUAGUGCGUUAUCACAAACCAAAGUGGUUACAGUAGUCGACGUCUAACCUAAGUAGAGGAACUGGUUUAAUCCUCCCUAGUGGAGGAUCAUGGGACGUUACUACAUGUUUCAUUGGGGCGUUAACCCCCUGUUUCGUUGACGAGUUUGGUCGGCCCUUCAUUUCCGAGUCCAUUUGUAAAAUACUGCCAUUAAGCGCCGAGCAUUCUCGAUUCUCAUCCGUUUCAAAUAUGUCCUGGUGGGUUAUGAGCAUGCUCGGUAAACCCCUAACCCCUGUUGUGUCCUCUGUGGAUUAGUCUGUAACAGGAUUUCAAUGCGUUGGCAUAGUCCUAUUCAGGCUCUAAGGGGUGGACAGGGUGUCCAAAAAUGUCUUGUCUGAACUAUUUGAUAACUUCAUGAUUUUGUGCAGUUUUGUCAAUAUUCAAAGCAGAUAUUACUGAUAUCAAGAGUGCUGCUGGCAUGUUUUUGGACACCCUGUAGGGUUACGUUGAUCACCAGUAGAUGUGUCGACAGCAGAUAUUAUCACAGCUGCACGACACGGCCACGACGACCAAGUCAUGUCACUUCACAUCGUAAAUAUAUUUUUCAAUCUACUGUUGUGUAAUAAAGGCAUGGAUGUAACUGUAGGUUACUGUUUAUUUAAGCCUUCAUUUGUCCACAUAAAAACUGGAUGCAAGGAAGGUUGGCCAAUCUUGGUUUUUAAAAAAUCUCAAAAAGACAACUAAUUCCCGGCGAAUACGAUUCCCUGUAAUAACUAAUAUCACGGUUCGAGGUCAAAGUUAUUGUAGGUGAGAAAGAUACUAAUACUUUGGUCAAAAAUACUCAAGAAAGGGACAUUUUUGGAGACGGUUCCCGAUAGCUCUCAUUGGGGGUUAGCGGCUCUGGACGGGACUUUUUUAAACGGUUUGUCUCUGGGAUAAUAAGUCUUCUUGUUGUCAUUUAAAAACAAAGUAUGGUCGGCGUUUCUGUGGCCAGUGCACGAAGCCUACUACUUGUGAAAAUAGACUAGUUGUAUUGUAAAUGUAUAAAGUAGCCUGAGAAAUCUGUAUAUUCACUUGUCUUCAUGGCUCGAAAGCAAUGCUUCACUUGUCGCAACCUUUUAGCAACUUCUAUAGACUGAAUGCUUUGACUGUAUACGAGAAUUUUUGCAUGUAAUUAUUUAUAAUUCGGAUGAUAGCAAUGAAGAAAGUACGCUCCGUCUUGGCUGACGCUGUCAGUCAUCAUAUCGCCACGUCAUCGCCGACGUUUUUAUCGCAAAUCAAAUCAUUGUUGCGAUAACAAGUUGUGCAGAAAUCAGAGCAAAGUUGGCAAUAUCAUGAGAGGCAAUGUUACAAGUCAAAUGGAGGGCAAUUUGGCAUAUUCAAGAAGACGUCCAAGAAAAAGAUGUCCCACUUUCCUCGUUAGGUAUUGUCGGUGGGGCAUAUUUUUCUAGGACAGCCUUUGUUCUUAACACAAUUUCAUGAAAUUGGGUCCUCAACGAAAACUUAUCCCUGUUGGGCUUGACAUGAACUGUUCCAGUGCUAAGAAGUGAAGCUUUGGACAAGUCCAUGUCAUCUUGACAGGGGGUGUAGGGUUUGUAUACUAUAAACCAAAGGUAAUCCUCUGUGAAUGACAUUGAAUAUUGUUUUGUGUAAUGUGAAGUUACGUCAAUAAAAGCUAUCUUGACUUUAAAAAAUAAAAUUUUUGCCUUGGCGACAUUUUUUGGCAUCUUGAUGAAAAGAUUGAAUCAAGUUUGGUUCUAGUUGGGGUGUUGGCAUUCUGUGACAAAUGAUUGCCAAUAGCGGUGAAUAUUAUGUGGUCAAUAUGAGAUGCCUUUGUAGGAUUUCAGCCAACCUUGGCUAUUAAGACCGGUGGAUGUACCUGUAAUAACCUCGGGAACGAGGGUGAUUUUAACGAGACUUGCUGGAAGGAUAAAACGCUGCCUCACAUUCACUGUAUAUCAUUGUUUCUAUGUGUACCACUUGGUUCCCCCGGGAUUCCAAUUUCUGGCCGACAGUCCCAAGACGAAUACUUGAAAUCUAAUUGAACCUGUUUACUCCUUGAGGACAGAAUAAGAAGACAUUUGUCUCGAGAGAUGUGUGGAUAUUGUCGAGUGCAGCUUCAAACUUGACUUCAGGGAUUUGAGUGGACUGUCUUCGGAAAAUGGACUCCUGGACUGAGGCUUGAUUGCGAGUCUGACCACCUUGCAGAGUUCUGUUAAUGUAGAUAAAAGCGCUCUGUAAUUCGUAGACCAUGUUUCGCUCUGAUUCUAUUCGUUGCGAGUUGACUGUUCAUUGUAUUCAGUUCACCGUCUUUCCACUAUUUUGCCUCUUGUGUCUAAUAAUCAGCCGUGUUCAUCAUAAUGUUUCACCCUGUGUUUACUUUGAGCACUUGUACAUUUCAAAUGGAAAAUUGCACAUCAAAUACAGGCGGUCCAGGCAAACUUCGGGUGAAAUCUGCAAUAUUUACUUAUGUUCAUUUCAGUGAAUGACCACCCAAAGCACAAUUUGAUUAAAAAUCUCACUUGUACUUGCACUUCGUUGUGCUUGAUGGACCAAUUGUUUUAAUCUUUAGAUACGACUGCUUUUGGCAGUCGCGGGUGCUCAAACGGUCAGUCAGAAAAACACCAACUGCAGAACGAACAAAAUUUGCGAAUAUGACAUGGUGGAGAACUCAAUUGAAAUUUUUUCGGAAAAUUAGACAUCUUAAAAAGAUUUUCAACUAUCUUGACAUUUCUUGACUUGAUUCAGUAUGAAUUCCUCUACUCUUCAUAGACGAGCAGACGUAUUGUACAUAAUGACCUUGACAUUGUAUGAAUGGCCUUGACCCCUUGUAGCAUUCUGCUCACCCGGUCUGUACCAUAUUUAGUCAAAUGUGAAGAAUUUUUUCAUUCGUAUUUAGCCUUCUUUUCCAAGCUUUCAUAAUAGGGAAUCCUUGGUGAUUUUUUCAUGAUUGGGAAAUGACUGUUACUAUGGCAACUGUAGUCUUAUAUGGUCAUUUCCAGAAUAGUGAAAAUUUCUCGACAAUUUGUAUUUUCUCCCGAGAAUUCAAAAUUCGUGCUGUGGUUAGUAUCCAGUGUUUAUAGGAUUAGGAUGGGGUCCGAAAUUCUGCCGAGGGUGUUAUUUACCCUUCGGCAGUAUAAUGUCUCUGCGGUGAAGGUAUAUCUGACAAGGUUUUUUCCCACGCACAUCUCCAGCCAUGGUAAGCAACUUGUAAGUUGACCUGCCAUAGAUUGGCUGCAGAUGACCUUUCAAAAAGGAGGGCCUUGUUGGACUAGUUUCAAUACUGUGAGUUUUCUCACUGAUUGAAAGUCCAAUUUUGAUGGGUGUGAGGAAUUGUGUGUGCCUGACUCUUCGUGCACUGUAAGUCUCAUUCUUGGUGUGAGUAACUUCACCCUUUUCCUGGACAUUCAUCCGCGUAUUGUCCUGAAAGUUUUGAAAACUAGAAAUGCUUGUUAUCAGGGUGAUUGGUGUUGUGACCUUGAUAUCAUUCUUGUCUUUGGGUUAAAUGUGGCGCUGAAAAUCAGUCUUGCAGUGCACCUAUUCAAGACUAGGGCUUUGUUUCGAAGGAGACUAUUCGGACCCUGCCAGCGCUGCAGAUAGCGCUAACUUGAGCAGGACGGUGUCUAGUUGUCUUAUGGUCUGUGUCAUCAUUUGUAUGAGCAGGCCAAGUUUGUAAGUGUAUUCUAAAGUGUUCAGUGAAGAAUAAUACAAAAUGAAACUGUCGGGGACUGAGUUAAUCAAAACAUGCACUUUCCCCAACAUUUGAGACUUCUUAAAGUAUGAUUAAUGACAAAUGGUGAGCGAUGUACGGUGCUCUGAUUGCGGUAAGAUUUCAAUUUCGGAAAAGAUAUUCAAAAAGUAGAGGGGAAACUUCACUUGUUGUCUUCACCCUUGGUCCCUGACAGUUAAUGGACUCGUCCCACUCUAUCAUGCUGGAACGGCUGUAAAGAAAAUUCCAACGAUAACCACAAAUUUUCAAGGAAAAAUUGCCGACUUAAAGCAUCUGAAAUGUAAUGCAUUAUGGGAUAUUGUUUUUGGUCUUUUGUCAAGUUUCAGUUGGAAAUGUUUGGAAUUUUCAAACCUAGGAUGGGACGAGUCUGAAGAAAUGUGGUAUUUAUAUCUGAACUUGCGCUAUCAAGUAACAAUAAAAUGUGGAAAGUCUAUUAA